AUGCGUCAAGAAUCCAAUCAAUGUGUCAGUGAUUUUAUUACUAAUCUGACUCUGGCCAUUCAGGACUGUGGGUAUAAAGAGAUCAAGGCAGACAACUUCGAGCACGCAAUGCUCGUUCAGCAGUUGAUCGUCGGUCUACGUGAUGAAAUAGCUCGGGAAAAUCUCUUAUCAGAGAAGAAGGAUUUGUCAUGGGAGAAAGCCUGUGAUAUUGCCAUUCAUCAGGAGCGCGUGCGGCAAAACCUUCAGCAGCUGAAUCAGUCAAACGAUGGAGUGAUAGCAUCCUUGGAAUCGGAAAUGGCUGUCUCCCUGGUCAACACUGCUGUGUCUUCACCUAGACAGCGACCCUCAGCUCCCUCAAAACAACUACCAUCAUGCUACCGUUGUGGCCAGCAUCAUAUCCGGUGGUCAGACUGUAGACACCAGAAGACGGUAUGCCAAUUUUGCAAGAAAGUCGGCCACAUCGAACGAGUGUGUUUCUCCAAAAGACGAGCGAAUAGUAACACGCAUGCGACCUACCCUAGUCCAGCUGGGGAUGGUGAGGCGAUACUCCGAAUGUUUCCGGCCAACGCUACUCUCCAAUCCCCCUACACCAUCACGCUUCCGGUUGAUCACAAUCCCGUGAAGUUUGAAAUCGACACUGGCUCAGCUGUUACUCUCAUCAAUGAGGCCUCUCUUCAGAAAGUACCCUCCCUCCUACCGGCUAGCUCAACAUUCCGUAGUUACACUGGACAGAACGUAGACGUUCGAGGGGUCUUUACAGCCGAAGUCGAACAUGAUGGAGAACUUCAUUACUUGCCGGUUCAUGUGGCGAGAGAAAGCCAGCAACCGAAUCUCCUUGGACGAAAUUGGAUUAAAUGUGUGCCUUCUGUGCUAUCCUAUGUACAUCGGAUUGGUGUAAAUCCGGCUUUAGAUUCAAUUUUGGUAAAUCAUAAGGAUCUAUUUCGUGACGAUUCAGCUACCCACUACCGCGGUCCACCUGUUAAGUUUCAGUUUCAGUCAGAUUUCCGGCCCCGGUUCUUCAAAGCUCGUGCAGUCCCCUAUGCACUCGCACCGAAGGUCGAAGAAGAGCUGGAUCGCCUACAGAAAGCGAAUAUUAUUGAGCCCGUGCAAUAUUCGGAAUGA